AUGCCGGACAUAAAAAUAACACCACUUGGCGCCGGGCAGGAUGUCGGUCGCAGCUGCAUAUUACUUUCGAUGGCUGGCAAAAACAUAAUGCUUGACUGUGGUAUGCACAUGGGCUACAAUGACGAGCGCCGCUUUCCGGACUUCAGCUUCAUCAUUCCGGAAGGACCGAUAACGAAUCAUAUCGAUUGCGUGAUCAUCUCGCAUUUCCAUCUUGAUCAUUGCGGUGCUUUGCCGUACAUGACGGAGAUGGUAGGGUACACUGGGCCGAUCUACAUGACGCAUCCGACCAAAGCGAUUGCACCUAUCCUACUGGAAGAUAUGCGUAAAGUGGCCGUGGAGCGUAAAGGCGAGAGUAACUUCUUCACGCCGCAAAUGAUCAAGGACUGCAUGAAAAAGGUGAUCGCAGUGACAUUACAUCAAAGCGUUAUGGUCGACAGCGAGCUGGAGAUAAAGGCAUACUAUGCCGGUCAUGUUCUCGGUGCUGCCAUGUUUUGGAUACGCGUCGGUUCACAAUCGGUGGUGUACACUGGCGAUUACAAUAUGACACCCGAUCGGCACCUCGGUGCGGCUUGGAUUGAUAAAUGUAAACCGGACCUGCUCAUCACCGAAAGUACGUAUGCAACAACGAUCCGGGAUUCAAAGCGUUGCCGAGAACGAGACUUUCUCAAAAAGGUACACGAGUGUGUGGCGAAAGGUGGCAAGGUGUUGAUUCCGGUGUUUGCGUUAGGACGUGCCCAGGAGCUUUGUAUUCUGCUGGAAACGUAUUGGGAGCGUAUGAAUUUGAAAUACCCGGUUUACUUUGCAGUCGGGCUAACGGAGAAGGCCAACAACUACUACAAGAUGUUCAUAACCUGGACGAAUCAGAAAAUUCGCAAAACGUUCGUGCAACGCAACAUGUUCGAUUUCAAGCACAUCAAACCGUUCGAUAAAGGAUACAUCGACAACCCGGGCGCAAUGGUGGUGUUCGCUACGCCGGGCAUGUUGCACGCGGGAUUGUCCCUUCAGAUUUUUAAAAAAUGGGCUCCAAAUGAAAAUAACAUGGUCAUAAUGCCGGGCUAUUGCGUACAGGGUACGGUUGGGCACAAGAUUCUGGGAGGUGCCAAAAAAGUAGAGUUUGAAAACCGGCAGGUUGUGGACGUGAAGAUGUCCGUCGAGUACAUGAGCUUUAGUGCACACGCGGACGCAAAAGGUAUCAUGCAGCUGAUACAGUUUUGUGAACCACGAAACGUAAUGCUCGUGCAUGGCGAAGCAGUCAAGAUGGAGUUUUUGAAGGAGAAAAUAAGGGAAGAAUUCAAAAUAGAAUGUUACACGCCAGCAAACGGUGAGACGUGUACGAUCAGCACACCGAUCAAAAUACCGGUCGAGACAUCGCUGUCGAUACUGAAAGACGAAGUGAAAAAGUAUAACGCCCAACCGCCGGAUCCGAAACGGCGUCGCAUUAUACAUGGUAUUCUCGUGAUGAAGGAUAACAAAAUAUCUCUAAUGAGCAUUGACGAGAUCUUCAAUGAAGCCGGAAUCGAUCGACAUGUGAUAAGGUUUAUCUCAAAGAUUAAGCUGGAUGAUCCAGGACCUCCGAUGCGCACGAUCGAGAAGCUGUACAACAUGCUGAAUGAACGUCUCUCCGGCUGGACGGUAACCAUGAACGACAACAAUUCCAUUAACGUGGAGUCCGUUAACAUCAAAAUCGAAACAGAAGAGCAACCCGGCGGUAUCGUGGGCCAAUCGAGUGUGGCCGGUGUGCACAAGAUUUGCAAUGUUAGCUGGGUUAAUCAGGAUGAGGAUUUGGGUAGUUAUAUUCUUGGCUUAUUACAAAGCCUUUAA